CAAGAAGCUCGAGAUGCUCAAGAUGCUUGUUUCGCGCACCGCUGGCGUCGGUUCCGGCUGAGGCUGUGACGCUCGCUGCCCGAAGACAAGGCUGCGCCAGGUCCGCAGUAGUCACCGCCCGCGCAACCGACGACAUCCCUCCUACCACUCUCUCACUCGUCCUCCACCGUUCCACACGACGACCCCGCGCCUAUCACUACUCUUGUGCUCUGGAUAUGAACACUUCACUCUCUCGCAACUCCACAACCUCGCCUUAUCAAGCCCGCAGCACGACAGCCUCGUCAUCCCGCGCCAUCAGUUGAUCGUGGCCCCCGACGCCGUAUAGACGCCCGACGACAGCUACCAGAGUCGCCCACCCUCCCACUCACACACGCACAUAUCGCGCCUGCCUUACAUGUCGACUGGCCAAAGCAUAGCGUCUCCUCGCGCCCCGCGCGGCCAUCGCCAGCCGAGCGCAUCGCAGCCCGCACAGGAGAACAUCAAUAACAAUGGCAGACACUCACAGCGCAGGCCAAGGGGCGGUCGCAACCACAACAAUGCCGCGCACGCCUCCCCGAGCAAGCCGCCGAACGCCGACCCCGCGUUGUCAGAAGGCGGCGCCUACACCACCGACGAUGCCCGGGCGCCCACGGGAUCGCGCAAUGGGAAGAAGCACACGCACGGACAGCCGUCGCACGAUCGAACAUUUUCUCCCAGGGGUGCUCAAACCUCCUUGACCGACACAGAGGCUGCCUCGAGCCGUAUCUCUGCCACGCCGUUGAAGAACCAGGGCGCAUAUGCUGGUCCUACCUUCCAUGCCUCUCCUGCGCCCUCAGCCUUGCCUAUCCCUAAGUUCCUCUCUCGUUCGGUGCCAGCGAAGACAGCGCCUGGUCCACCCACCCCGCCGCUCGACAACAGCUCUGAUUCUGCCAACUCGCCAAGCCCGUCUCCCUCGCCGUUGCGCGCACCCAUUGCGAUUCCAGCACGUCAUGAAGACUCCCCACUCGACAUGCUGUUCAGGGCUGAUAAGGCUGAGAGGGCCAAGAACACGGCAUUCAGCCCGAGUGCGCACCCAGUCAGACCCCAGCCACAGCAGCCGGAGCACAACGUGUUCCCCAUCGAGCUCGACGGCGAGGGCAGAAACUCGCACAUGUCUCCUCCUCGUUUUCAGUCGUCCGGCGCGCAUCGCUCUAUGACAGAUCCUUCGAGAGUGCCGCAACUCAAAGAUGUUCAGCAGCCGAACACUGGGAACGAUGUUAUGCAGGACCUCAUGAACAGGCUUUCGAUGUCACAGAAGCAGCCGCAGGCACCCGCUGCUACUCCGCCUAGGCAGGCAGCGCAAGCUUCGCGUAACUUCCAGUCACCCCAGUUCACGCCGUCACCUUUCCAUACUGGCCGGCCUUCUGUCAAUCGCAGCGUUUCAGGUCCCUCGACACCUGCUCAAGCCCCUCAGGAGGGCCCAGAUUUCUUCUACGGCAACCGUAACCUUUCACCUAUGUUCAAGGCGGCGCAGGGCGAUACUCCGAAACGGAACUCGGGUCUCCGCACCGAGGUCACUGCAGACUCUCCUACCGUCCAGCAGAGCAUGUUCCAGGACUUCCCUUCCAUUCCUUCCGCAAACGCAAUCGACCCUAAUACAUUCUCGCGUGGUCAGCCCACUAGCGGUGGUCAGGGACCAGCGAACACGCGUCGUGGGUCUGUGCCUUAUGGCCAGAACCAGCAGAGACAGCCCAACAAGCAUGUCACACAGACGCCGGGACGGUAUCAGCAGCGUCAGGAUGCCCAUCAGCGCGGUAGGGGCAACUUCCACGGACAGGGUCCCAGACAUGGUAGGCCAACAGCAAAUGCUCCUCCAGCAUCUGCACCCAAGCCUGCUACGACCAUGAUGUCUUUCGUACCUGCCUCGGUAUCGGCGAAGCCAAAGCCGAAACCAGAGCAGCAGCAGGCUGCUUCUGCGCCUCCAUCCGCCGCUGCACCACCUCCUCAGACCUCGACUUCUGAUACGUUGGCUUUGGAGCAGGAUCUUAAGCGCAUGCUCAAUCUUAGUAUGACUGGAGAAGGGGUUCGAUAGCCUCGGGACUCUUGAUCUUUUUCCUUUGCUGCAUGGCUUGCGGGCGAAUUCUGGUUUGCUUUGCUUCAUGUCCAUCACUUUCACUUGUCUAUAUGGGAUCUAUUGUGGGCUUUUGCGAUGUUUGCAGUCAU